CUAUAAAUAUUUCUUCAAAUCAACCUCACUUUAACACUAACAUUUUCUAAAGCUACUCUGUUUCUCUUUUCCUCUCAUUCUUACAUUUAGAUAAUUUUCUUUCCUAAAGGGAGAAAAUGAAUACUCUUCUGAGUAAACCAUAUUAUGCUUACUCAAAGAUGGAGAUGGAAGAUUCUGAAGAGCUGCAGCAUAGAAGAGCACAGUUCUUGAUUCACAAGUCUCUACAGAAAUCAGAUUCUAUAUCUCAUAGAAGGCAGCCAAUAUGGUUGAAAGUGAAAGUGUGCAAGUUGAAGAUCAAGAUUGGGAGAAGAUUAAAAAGGAUGAAGAAGAGCAUCUUGUUAAAAUUUUCUGCUACUAAAAAUGUGGUAUCCAAGCAAUUUAAUUUUCAGUUGAAAUCUUGGAAGCGUUUGAUUAAGGGUAGAGAGACUAUGGUUAAACUUCCACCCAUGUUCACUUGAAGUUUCCUUUUAUAGAAUAAAUCCUCCUCUAUUUUUCACUUUAUGUGUAGUCACAAGAAUGAAUGGUGAGACAUAAUAUACACAUACUGAUAUACAUACACAGGUUUUCACCUUUCUAAUAAUGUCAAUUUUCAAAUUGUAUUGGCUUCUCUAGAGAUUGAGUUGAAGGUUCCUUUCAUCAUAAA